CGUUGAUAGAACACUGUAUUGCUGUAGCUUUAUAGUGACAUAAAAUCUAUGUAUAAUAAUAACUCUAAUAUUCCCAUGUUGCUGCACUUCCGCACUGCGCUCGUGCCCUUCUUGACUUGCCUGCGUCACGGGCUAUAAAUGUGGACCUUUUACUGCUUAUCUCCAUUCUCUCUCUGGUGCUGUUGUCCUGCGAAAGCAUGGGAGAAGGGAGCAACCUACCACCUGGUUUCCAGUUCUUCCCCUCCGACGAGGAGCUGGUCGUCCAUUUCCUCCGUCCCAAGGCCGCGCACCUUCCUUGCUAUCCCGACAUCAUCCCCACGAUCGAUCUCCACCACUGCGACCCGUGGGACCUCGAUGGUAAAGCUCUUCAAGGAGGAAACCGCCAUUGGUACUUCUUCACCCGCAGAAGCCAGAACAGGGCAACAGCUAACGGAUACUGGCAUGCUGUCAGCACCGACGAGACCGUGACUAGCAAUCACACGCCUGUUGGUAUAAAGAAGACUCUCAGGUACUAUCUUGGCGAAGCUCCUGAGGGCAUCAAGACCAAUUGGUUGAUGCACGAGUACCAUCUACCCGACGCUGGUCUUGGUAGUAGCAGCAGCAGCAAUGGUGGCAGCACCAGCAGCAGCAACAGUAGCAGAAGGAAGAGAGCAGGUCAACCGACAAGAACAGAAUCGAACAAAUGGGUCGUUUGCCGAGUUCAUGAGUCGGCCGGGGGUUCGCAGUCGAGCUUCCACGACGACGGGUCAGAGCUUUCCUGCCUGGAUGAGGUGUUCUUGUCCUUGGAUGAUCUUGAUGACAUAAGCUUGCCAAACUGAGGCCUCAUCUGCAGGUCCAGUCGAAGAGUAAUUCUCUAACAGUGUAAUUAAGAUCCCUCGGUGCUCGUCUCAUGUUCAUCCUCAAUAAGUAAACUAGGCUAAGUCAAGCGAGCUGUAUGCUGUCCUUAUUGCAAUAUACUUAGGUCCAAGUAGACUUUUGGUACAUAUAUAUAUAUAUAUAUAUAUAUAUAUAUAGUGGCUGUG